AUGGCGACCGACCCACGCAAACGAAAUGGUGGUGCAGCUUCCAAUAUCCUGUUGGGAGGUGAAGAUGCAAUGGACGAAGAUGAAAUCCUUGAUGCCAAUGUACAAGCCACUCCCAUCGUAGAAGGGAGUGUAGAGCUCAUUUCUACAAUCAUCACACCGUCUCCUUUUGCGCAUCACGUAACGGGACCUACAUCGAGUCGUUUCCGCAAUGCCAUGCAACGCAUAUCAGAAAAUCCUACAUCCGAUACGGAAGCUUGGGAAGCUCUGAUUACAGAAGUGCUGAACUGUUAUCGGAUUGUCCAACCAAAGAUUCAUAAUGUGGAUGCUGAAGUUCAAUUACAAUUAGAUUGGAUGGAAUCCUGUUUCGGUGCACUCCUGAAAUACUUUCCUUACUCAAGUAACCAAUACGUGGCUGUUGCUCAGAUGCUCUUUGCUCAAUCCGCUCGGAUAGGAGAAGAGGAAGGGGCAGCUUAUGGAAGCAUAGACCGAGCUCGAUCGGAGCGCUGCCAACGUAAAUUGGAAAACAUUUUUUCGAAGACUCUCGGAAUCAACAUGGAUGGGUCCCCAUCGGAUCCUGACGAUCCCAUUGGUGGAAUGUGCACCUCCAACAUCGAGCUAUGGCUUUUGUAUGUUCGGACGAGAAGUCGUCAAGCACGUAGGGAACAUCCCGGUAACCCAGAAAUUGCAAGGGAGUGGACAAGUAAUGCCUAUGAAAUCGCAAUUGAAGCAGCGGGGUUCUGUGUCAACAACCAUGUUGUUUGGAAGGCUUAUUUAGCGUAUGCAAAAGCGCAAAUGGACAAUCCCAAGCAAAUGUUGCACUUGAGAAGUAUCUAUCAACGACUAGUUUGUAACCCAAUGACAGGAUUGGACCAAUUGUGGCAGGAAUAUGAAGCGUUUGAGAGACAGCAAAGUGAGGCUCUUGCUGCUGCGUUGGUCUCCGAAUUUACACCAAAGUACCAACAUGCAAGAAGCGUUUACCUCGAACGAAAUCGUGUUUUCAACAUUCAAGACCUCCAAAUCAAUGCAAAGCUAGCGUCUCCACCACCAUCAAAUGAGGAGGACGAAGAUUAUACUUCGAAGUUGCAAGAAGACUAUCAAUAUCUAAACCUUUGGAAGACUCGAUCCGCUUAUGAACGAACCAAUCCUGAACGCUUGACGCAAACUGACCUUGCGAAGAGAACUCGUCAGGGCUACAAGGAGAUGGCGUGUGCUUUGACCCAUCAUCCUGAAGUUUGGCAUAUGUGGUGUAUGUGGGAAGAAACGGCUGAUGCUAGCGGGACAAAGGCAAUUGCUGUCCUGGAAACGGGACGACAGCACAUUCCGGACUGUACACUCCUUGCCCACGCGCAAGCGCAGCUGACGGAACUGCACAAUCCACAACCACAAGAAUGUCUAAAGGUGAUGGAAUCCUUCUUGGAAGUCGCUCCUAGCACUUUGGGCUUUUCGUUGUAUCAGCAAAUGGUGCGAAGAUACAAAGGUGUCAAGGCAGCUCGAGAUGUCUUUGCCAAAGCACGCAGAGUGCUGGUAACGGAAGUGGGAAGCAAGGAAUCCGUCAAAUCAGAAGGGACUGAAGGGGCCGAUGUGAAGCAAGAAGACGAUGCUGGUGAAAAGCGAUGGAUGGUUACCAAUCGAUUGGACCCAUCGAUCGGGAAACGAAAUCCAGUGAAGGAGCCCUCCAAGAUGGAAGAAGAUUCACAAAAACUAAAACCUGGUCCAAUUACGUGGCACUUGUACGCAUCCCAUGCUACAAUUGAACAUCGUCUGAACAAAUCACCUGAUAUUGCGGCGAGAGUGUACGAAUUGGGACUGAGAAAGCACGCUUCCUUCUUGAUCCAACCAGCUUAUGUAUUGGGAUAUGCCAACUUGCUGUUAGAGUUACAAGAUACUGUCAACCUAAGAGCAUUAUUGACUAGGGCGUUGACGGCUUGCAAAGAACUCGACACCUCCGCCGUGACGGCGCUCUGGGACAUGACACUGAAAUUUGAAAGCUUGAUGAGUAUAGCGGAUCCAGGAAAUGUAAAAGAAAGUAUUGCCAUUGAACGGAAACGACGAGCGGCCCUCAUGGGACCGGAGAUCGAAGAUGUUUGUAAUGGUGCCCGUGUAGGUGUCGGUGAGGCAGCCACUAUUGGCGCCCAAAAAUCGACCGUCGCCGAGCAAUUGGUUCGAACUGAUGGAUACGAAAUGAGUUCCAUGAUUGUCAAUGGGUUGAGCAGAUCAGUGGAGGUCUUGAAUGUAAUGGGUCUCUGGGGAAGCGGUGCACCCAACUCUUCUAAUCGAGUGGUCAAUACUCGAACCAUGGAUGACGACGAAGUCAUUCCUGGAGGCAAGAGCGAUGCAUUGUACCAAAAGCGUCUGACAUUUGCUUCAAUCACAUCAUCUGGUGGCAGUGUCGAGACUGUCGGAGAGAAUUCCAAGAUUCUAUCGGCAAGAGAGCGUCUUCAAGCAUCGGCGACCCCGCAAGGUUCUGCCAUUAGCAUCGCAAUUCAACAAAGUCCCGACUGGCUUCGCGAGUUGCUAUUGGUGUUACCGGCUUCCAAAUCCCAACUCCGCGUUUUUCAUAAGCCUUCUCCCUUUGCUAUUGAGUCUGCUUUGAAUGCUCUACGACAAAACAAGUUACCAGCUGAGCGACCUCAAGACGGCAAGAAGAACGGCCAGCUCUCGGGCAACAAACACCGCCUUCAAUCCGGCGGCGGUGAAUCUUCCGAUGAAGAGGACUCGGGGGUGAGCAAUGGUGGUUACGGAUUUCGCGACCGCCAACAGGCCCGACAAAUGAAGGCCGCCCAAAGCAUCAAGAGUGAAUAA